AUGUCUGUGCAGUCACCACUAUUAUCAUAUAAGAAACCAAGAAGAGAAUACCAAAAAGAUGGGACACCCUCGGCACCAUCAACACCCACUAUAGCCAAUUCACCAACUCUAUCUGUAUCGUCUUUAGCAUCCGGUGGCGAACAAUCUAAUCAAUCAUCACUACCAUCACAACCUGCGACACCUGUACAGCUGCAUGGGGCUCGAAAAAUAUCUAGUCGGCGAAAAGCACUACAGGAGUAUUACCAUCUACAACAAAAGAAAAAUAAUGCCACAAACAGCAACAGCUACGGCAACAACAAUACCAAUACCAAUGCAGAGCCUUUGACUCUGCUGACAACAGCAGUUGGUAACAAUGCAGAAAGUCACGACACUGUGUCUAAGAAUGAAUCUGGAUCAGAAAAUGAUACAAUUCCACACGAGCAAAAAUCUUUGCAUACGUCAGACAAUUACAGUAGCUUGAAAACCACGGAAGAUGUUGAAAGAUUUAUUCAAAGCUCAACACCUCUUGAGAUUCUCAAACUUCGAAAUACACUUCAGUCCCGAAUAGACUCGUCGUCUCAACAAAGGAAGGAAUUGAUGUAUGGACAUUAUAACAAGCUCAUUAAGCUUAGUCAAACAUUGGGCAAGUUUAGUGAGUCAACAGUGCAAAUACCUAUUGGUGGCGAUGGCGAUGGCGAUGGCUUUGACAAAUUAAAUGGGUUGCGGAUUUUCAAGACCGAUGCAAAUUCAGGCAAGAUGGUUGAAUUCGACAAGUACCUCAAUGAUUGUAUACUGGAGUUGAAAACGUUUAAUGAGACCAGUGUGAAGAAAAUGACGGGGCCAUUUGACAAUGUGUUGGAAAAGUUGAAUGAAUAA